AUGUCGAUAUUAAAAGAAGGAACCAAUCAACAACAUAAAAAGAAUUUUAUAACUACUCGACAAAUUUAUAACAACUACAUAUAUUACAAAACAGCAGUCUUUAUUUUGUUUUUUUCGUUAAUUAUUUAUAAUUUCCGCUCGUUUAAUUUGUCAAAUUCAACAACGGCACCUUGUGUAAUUGAGACCAAGCCACGGGAAAACCCGCUUGUUGUCUGGGUUAAACACCCACAGCACUCGGAUGCUGUGAAGGUUUACGUCCCACAAAACGCUGACGUACACGACGUAAAAAAGUUUGUACGCCAAGAACUCGCUCCUGCGCUUGACAAGGAAGGCUUGGGCAAGGUGUUGUUGUUGAGUUAUACACGUGGAAAAUUAGCUCCUGAUACUCCAAUUAAGAAUCUAUUGGAUAAACAGGAGCAGCUUAUCGUUUUUGUUGAUAAUACAGAUUCGAGAUUAUAUCUGAAAACGCUCACCACCGAGCAAGUUCCUUUACAAGUAAAUGCGCCACUAUGUCUAAAGUCAGAUAAAGCGUAUGUUGUUCUCGCAAAGAUACUUUUGGGUCAGAAUUCUGCAAAAGAUAUAAUUGCUUUCAAGGAAAAUUUGUGCGACUCGAGCAUUGAAAGUUGGAGUUCGCGUUAUUCUUAUACAUUCAAAGAAGGCCGCUCGAUUCAACAAGUCACGACAGUAGCAACUUCAACAGCAGCAACACCACCACUUCCACACCCAAUACCGAUAACAAGCAAUAAUAGUGAUAACUCGUCACAAAUCACGAGCGGGUUUGCGACAGGCCAGCAUUCAAUAAGAGUGGACAUCCUAAAAAUAAAAGGACAAUUGAAUGAUGCACUGGGGGAUAGUGCCACUACUUAUUGGUCGUUGAUCAAAAAUUAUAUGGCUGGUCGGAGUUCGCGGCAGGCCUUGGAGGAAUCUUUGCGGCCGAUACUGUUUUCCCAACAAACAUUGAAGUUGCACAAUGAAUUUUUGAUCGGGCUAACAUACAACGCAUAUAAUGCUGAUGGGCCGCCAGCUGUCGAGGUGGAUGAAUCAGAGACGAGAAGAAAGAAGCAUGGGAGGGAUGAGGAAAAUUCAAAAGGCGGGGAUGAUGAAGGACCACAAAGGAAGAGGAAGAAGAUAAAGGAGCUGGUGAUGUCGUUGGGAAGUGAUGAAAGAAAAAGGAUAAAAGACAUACCGAAGGAUCCCAGCAAAGAUAUAAAAAAUUUCACGAGUACAUUUCCUAGUAGCCUGGAUACCAUGCAGGCUCCAUUACCAUCACCACCAUUGAUACCAGUAAAUCAUCCGCCAUUUACAUUUCCAGAAUUAAAGCUAGGGCAUCAGGUCCAUUCAUAUCCUCCGUCAUGUGUGGAAACUCUCAGUCUUCCAACACGAGAUAAUUUGAAAGCACGCUUGCAGCAGGCAACGUUGCGAAAUAAUCAAAAUCCAGAGAUACCGGAAGAUUGCGUUGAAUUAUUGAAUUAUGGACUGGAGACGCAUAUCAAAACGAUAAUAGCGGAAGUUCUAAAGAAAACUCGAACAGGCGGAACACUCGGACUUCAAACAUCACAUACGCGUAAUAGCACGAACCGAGUUCGAACAAUAACACCAAAGGAUCUCGCAUUCACAUUCAACAUGUCGCCGGAUCUUUUGGUCCAAGAAUCACAAGCACGCGAAAAACUUACGGCAGUUGUGCUUCGGGAAGGACAUUACGACGAGGAUAAUGAUGAAGAAUUUGAAGAGGAGGAAACAUAA